AUGGAGCUCCACUGCCUUGCAGAGAAGAGCAACCAGGCAGACCUGUGCGCUGCCGGGGACUGGACUUCCCCAGGGCUUCCUGGGGGCCAGGCAGAUGCAGCAGCCUCCAGAGCUGCCCUCCGCUGCCAAAGACGCUGUACGUCCACACCCAGAGCAGCCGCCACAGAAGGGUCUAAACUCAGUCCUCCAGCAUCCCCCUGCCCCUCUCUGAGAGGCAGUGCUGUCCAGCCAGACCCCUUCCCACCAGGGCCUCUCCUCUCAGGGAACAGCCAACUCACACUGGAACGGAAAGUCUGCAACUGCUGCAGCCAGGAAUUAGAAACUUCUUUUACCUACGUGGACGAGAAUGUCAACUUGGAGCAGCAGAACCGGAGUUCUCCUUCAGGAAAAGGGCAUAAUCACCCUACAGACCUUGGCUGGGAAAAUCCAAAUGAGUGGUCCCAAGACGCUGCCAUAUCCCUGAUAUCUGAAGAGGAAGAUGAUACCAGUUCAGAAGCCACCUCUUCAGGGAAGUCUGUGGAUUAUGGUUUCAUCAGCGCCGUCUUGUUCCUGGUCACUGGCAUCCUGCUGGUGAUCAUCUCGUACAUUGUGCCACGGGAAGUGACAGUGGAUCCCAACACGGUGGCUGCCCGGGAGAUGGAGCGCCUGGAGAAGGAGAGCGCACAGCUGGGGGCUCACCUGGACCGCUGCGUGAUCGCAGGGCUCUGCCUCCUCACUCUGGGAGGGGUAGUCCUGUCCUGUUUGCUCAUGAUGUCUAUGUGGAAGGGGGAGCUCUAUCGUAGGAACAGGUUUGCCUCUUCCAAAGAGUCCGCCAAACUCUAUGGUUCUUUCAACUUCAGGAUGAAAACCAGCGCUAAUGAAAACACCCUGGAACUGUCCUUGGUGGAGGAAGAUGCUCUUGCUGUCCAGAGUUAA